AUGGCUUCCUCCACGCACUUUGAGGACCUCGUUACGGAUUUCUCCUGCCCCGUAUGCCUGGAGUGGUUCUGGGAGCCGGUUGCUCUCCCUUGCGGCCACCUCUACUGCCAGGCCUGCGUCGAGGCAGCGUGGGGAGUCCCUGGCAGCAAGCCCAUCUGUCCUCAGUGCCGGGAGCAGUUUCCAGAGAGGAGGUACACGCCGUGCAAGCUCCUGGGGACCUUGAUUCACCGAAUUGGCGGGAUGAGAGCCGGGGAGGCUGAGGAAGGUCGACGCACCGAGCCCAGAGAAUCUGCGCUGCGCCAGAAUGGCACGCUGACCUCUGUCCAGGAGACCACAAAGCUGUACAAGGUGCGGGGGGAAGAGUCCCGGCAGAGCCCCCUGUGUCCUGUUCCCAGAUGGCUAGUAAUAGUGAUGAAUGGGGUGCUGAGAGCACAAUGGGUAGGAACUGGGAGUCGAGAGAAAGGCUGCCAGCUUUUCUAUGGCUGGCUGGCUGAAUUAGCAUUAUUAAGGGAUCUCAAAGUGACUUAUGCAAGCUCGCUGAGUGACCUUGGGCCAGUCACAGGCUCUCAGCCUAACCUACCUAACAGGGUUGUUGUAGACAGCGGGGGGAGCCAUGUAUGCUAGCUUGAGCUCCUUGGAGGAAAAGGUAGGAUGUAAAUGCUAUUAUUAUUAUUAUCAAAUAAUGAAGACAUUCCCAUGCAUUUAACAGUACUCCAGCAGCUGCUUUGUUAACCAUUCCCUGCUCCCUUUAAUGGAGAAAUGUUCGAGUGUUUUAUAGCAAGGGCUGAGUUUCCUUUGGAUAAGAAACCUGGAAACCUCUAUUGCCUCCCCCACCCCCAAUUUGCACCUGUAUUGGAAUUAUUUUUAAAUGUUUGAUUCCUUGUGCAUUUGCCAUGUAAAUUUAGCAAAUAAGACAGAAAACAGACAAGCAACACCUGUCCUGAUUGGCAGCAAACUAGGAAGAACUACACAAAUAAUAUCAUUAUUCCAUGCAAGGAAUCUAGUUACAGCUUGACUUCUCUACUGCCUUUGUAAGAGAUGUUUGCUUACAAACAUACAAGCAGAGCAGAGUGGAAUCAAGCCCCCCACCAGGUUAGUAGGCAAUCCACUUCCUAUACAGUGGUACCUCGGGUUAAGAACUUAAUUCGUUCCGGAGGUCCGUUCUUAACCUGAAACUGUUCUUAACCUGAAGCACCACUUUAGCUAAUGGGGCCUCCCACUGCUACUGCGCCGCUGCUGCGCGAUUUCUGUUCUCAUCCUGAAGCAAAGUUCUUAAGCCGAGGUAAUACGUCUGGGUUAGCGGAGUCUGCAACCUGAAGCAUCUGUAACCCGAGGUACCACUGUAUCGGCAUCAGAUAUCUUUAAAAGGGUGACUUUUUAUUCAGCCAGUGAAUAGUUCUUCCAGUUUGUCUGCCUAAAUUAAAAUGGCAAAAUACCCUCCCAGUUGUCUCUAUUGCUCCCCAAAGUGAUACAUGUUGGAUUCCAAAAGCAGGAGCCAUCAAGGGACACCCAGCCCUUUUGUGUAGACCUUAAUUUCUCAUUGGAGUUUAUAUCACACAGAACCAUUGGAAUAGGUCCAUGCAAUGGGAGACAAUCAGAUUCAUGGCAAGCAGGUGACAUUUUUUCCUGGUGUGGACAAUUUCUGAAUGGUCAGGUUACUGUUAAAUGUGUAUUUUUAAUUUCCACUCGCCAUCUUGAAUAGGAGGAGCUGUCUCUGGCUAUUUUGCGGAUGGAAUCUAACCUGACCAAACUUGUCCUGCUUACGAGGGAGGAAGAAGAGAAGCUCCAGAACCAUCAGGUGAAGAAGACUGGGGUGGUGAGGAGAAACUUAAUGAGGGCAAUAAGCUCAUAUAUCUGGGAGGGAAAUAUGCUUAGAUCUCUCUCUGGUUGCUAGGCAGUUUUGCUGAGUCUGGAUGACCACAUCUCCACCGAAUACAAGCAUCUCCAUCGCUUCCUCUAUGCUCAUGAGAAAGCGUGCAAGGCAAGGCUGGAGGAGGAAGGGGCACACGUUCUUCGGGAGAUGGAGGAGAGACUGAGAGCGCUGAGGGAGUCUUGCCAGCUGGGCCAGGAGCUGCUGUUGGAGGCCAGGGGUCACCUGCAGUUACAAGACUCUGCAAGCUUCCUAGCAGUAAGGAGAAAACGGGCUUCCAUGGAGAUUCUACGGCUGGAACUGUAAUAAGAAAAACUUAUGGGGUAUUCCAGAGCCCGUAUAGAGUCCUUAAGUGGGUUCCCUAUCGGUAGGAGAAAACAGAGGCCAACCAGAGUACAGUGGGGCCCCGCAAGAUGAAUGCCUCGCAAGACGAAAAACUCGCUAGACGAAAGGGUUUUGCGUUUUUUGAGUCGUUCUGCAAGACGAAUUUCCCUAUGGGCUUGCUUCGCAAGACGAAACGUCUUGCGAGUUCUUGCGAGUUUAUUUCCUUUUUCUUAAAGCCGCUAAGCCGUUAAUAGCUGCUAAGCCGUUAAUAGCUGCUAAGCCGCUAAUAGCCGCUAAGCCGCUAAUAGCCGUGCUUCGCAAGACGAAAAAACCGCAAGACGAAGAGACUCGCGGAAUGGAUUAAUUUCGUCUUGCGAGGCACCACUGUAUACUGAGAAGCAAAGCAGCUAGUAAGCCUGAUCUUUAUUAAAUUAUUGCAACAGGGUCCUCACCAGACGCAGGAGGGAGGAGAACCCUGAACAAUGGUGCGCAAGCCCUUAUAUAGAAUUUUGAAAUUGCCCACCCUGUAGCCCAAGACAUCAUACAUCACAGAAGGAGGCGGUCUACAGCAGAAAUCCUGUCUGCCAGGAUACCUGAUGAUGGUCACUGAUUGCGUUACCUGGGCAGUCUGCUCAUUCUUUUGUGAUGGUUAAUGCUUUAGUUCCUGAAUCCAGGUCACAGGCUCACCCUAUUCAUACAUAAAUACACCCUUAAGACAGGAUUUGCAAGCAAAAAGACAAAGGCCUCCCUUCCUGCAGAGGAAUAUUUGAGGCCUUUGGGAGAGUCAAAUUGGCUCUCCCAUACUAUUUCAGACACAUGGUUCAUAUAUUUAGAUCAGUGUGCAUUUAUGAAUACUUAUCCUAUAUUUGAGACCUUAAAAUUCUUAUAAAAGCUUAUAAAAUCGAAAAAUCUCAGGGCAGUUCACAGAAUAACUGUGCUGGUGCUUGGGGGUGAUGCUGAAGUUGGUGGGGAUUCUGUUUUGAUGAUGUUUGGCCUCACUGAUGACCUUGCGGGUGAUACUAUGAUUGCGAGAUGGAUGAGGAAGGGCGUUUAAGCAGGCAGUUUGUUGCUACUUGCAAAAAAAUAGCAAAGCCAGGAACUCCCGGCUCUAGUAGGUCAAAAUUAUUAAAAUUUCAAAUCUCCUUGGUAUUGUUCUAAACAUAUGUUUCCCCUUUGUCCCCCCCUCCCAUGCACAGGGAAUACAUUCUCUCCUGAACAGGUGAGUGAACCAAAAAGAAAAGAGUAAUUUCUUAUUCCUAAAGAACCCCACCCCCCAUUUUUAUUUUAGUUAUUAACAUCUACUUGUAUGUGUGUGAUUGUUUUCCCUCCCACCUGGCUAAGGGUGAAGCAACAACAAGCCACACCAACGUUUCCACUUAUGCGCCCCAUACUACAGACCCUUGGGCAGUUCAAGGGGCCUCUACAGUGUGCUGCUUGGAGGGAAAUGAAAUCUGCACUCAGCAUAGGUAAAGGUGAUGUUUGGGAGAACUCAAAAAGCGUCCUUGUUGCCUUUUCUGAGUGCACUGCAUGAACAAAUCUUGACUCAGACUGAUUGUAUUCCUUCUCCACUGGGACUUCUUCUUCUUCUUCUUCUUCUUCUUCUCCUCCUCCUUCUUCUCCUCCUCUCGUAGCUGAUUAAGAUGGUCUUCCAUGAACACAGUCUUAACAGUGGGUCCGUAAGUGACUGUGGAGGCCAAUUCUGGAUCCACAUGUCCUUCCACAGUGGAGACAUAGGUUUCAGGAUGGGAGUUGAUCAUGGUGAGGGUUUUGCCAAGCGUGCCUUCAUCUUAGCACGUUUCUCCCUUUCAUCCUGAGUUCAAGCGUCUUCAGAGCCCAUGACGUAUUUGGUAAAGGCUGUUCUCUAAUUGGAGCACUCGCAGGCCAGUGUUUCCCAGUUGUCGGUGUUUAUACUACAAUUUUUUAUUUUAUUUUUUGCCUUGAGAGUAUUUGAACCUCUUUUGUUGACCACUGGCAUUACGCUUUCCAUUUUUAAGUUCAGAAUAGAGUAGUUGCUUUGGAAGGCGAUAAUCGGGCAUCUGUACAACAGGACCAGUCCAAUGAAGUUGAUGUUGAAGAAUCAUUGCUUUGACACUGGUGAUAUACAGUACAGUGGUACCUCGGGUUACAGACGCUUCGGGUUACAGACGCUUCAGGUUACAGACUCUGCUAACCAAGAAAUAGUACCUCAGGUUAAGAACUUUGCUUCAGGAUGAGAACAGAAAUCAUGCUGCGGUGGCACAGCGGCAGCAGGAGGCCCCAUUAGCUAAAGUGGUACCUCAGGUUAAGAACAGUUUCAGGUUAAGAACGGACCUCUGGAACGAAUUAAGUACUUAACCCGAGGUACCACUGUAUUUACUUCUUUCAUUACACUGGCAUUAGUUCCCUUGAGUAGGGCAGACCCUCCCAGCAGUGGAUUGCUAGCCAGUUCCUAGUGUGGGACACAUGGCGGCUGCUGCUGGUUCCUGACAAUAGUAAAAACAGGAAGCUCCUUUUUACCAUGGGUCAAUCUAGCUCAGUAUUGUGCAAUGUCUACACCAGGGGAGGGGAACCUGUGGCCCACCUGACGUUGCCAAACUACAGCUCUCGCCAUCCCUGUGCCUUGGUCAUGCUCACUGGGGCUGGGCAGUUGUAGUUCAGCAACAUCUGGAAGGAACCCCAGGUUUCUUACCCCUGGUCUACACUGACAGGCAGUGUCUUUCCAAGGGUUCAGGCAGGGAUUUUUCUUUCCCUUUGUAUUUGAGGAUGCCAGGAAUUGAAUGUGGUACAGUCGUACCUCAUAUUACGUUUGCUUCAGGUUGUGCAUUUUCAGGUUGCGUCCUGUGGCGACCCGGAAGUACCGGAAAGGGUUACUUCCGGGUUUCGCUGCUCACGCAUGCACAGAUGCACGCGCAGGUGCGGGUUGCGUUCUUAUCAGGUUGCGAACGGGCCUCUGGAAUGGAUCCCGUUCGCAACUAGAGGUAUCACUGUAUUUAUUUAUUUUUUGCACACCAAACCUCUGCCCCACCGCUGACCGCUUCCCAAAGGAUUUUUGCAGAGGUGCUGGACUACGUGGGCUUUUUGAUCUUGCGAGGCACUCAUCUUGUGUUCUAAACAAGAGAUUGACGCAGAUUAGUUCUGCUUAACAGUUAAGAGCUCUUGAGUACCUAUGUAUUUACUGUUCAACCCACCUGUAGCAGCUGGCACCUGUGGGCUCGCUCAGCUUGGCUGGGGAUUCUGUGGGUCAUGCAGAAGGUGAGAGGGAAUGACUAAGAGAGCUCUGCGGUGAGUCAAGGAGCAGUGAAAGGACACCCAGGUGUUGAUGCUGAGAAAACAGAUAAUGAAGGAAUCUGCAUUCAACAGGAUCUUUGUGAUUAGGCGAUGACCUGACCUAGGAAGAGCUAUGUAUACCAAGCCAAUUAAAAGAUCAGGCCAGGAGCUAAUAAGGCUCAGGGAUGACCUAACAGAACGGCAGAGGAAAAAGAUGAGUCAAUUACAGAUCAUGAAUAAUGGAUUUAUGAUUUAUGUUAAGGCCAGGGACAGGACACCCACCUGCCACCAUCCCCGUCUAGCUCCAUCUAGCAGAUUUGGAAUGAAAUGUCUCAACAACAGAUGUUUUAAAUUACUUUCCUUUGACCCCCAAGUGCUUGGAAAAAUCUGUCAAAAUCUUCGGUCAUUUGAAAACUAGGAAGUGGAAUAAAAAAUUAACACCAGGGAGUUAUAAAGUACUUUUUGCAAAUUUACAAAGAACAAAACAACGUUUCCUGCUUGGCAGGGGGUUGGACUCGAUGGCCCUUGUGGUCUCUUCCAACUCUAUGAUUCUAUGAUUCUAUGAUUCUAAAACAAGCUUUCUUGGAUUUGCUGAAAACCCUUUCAGCACUUCCUUCUCGAAUUCCUCCUCUUUUCCAGGGAUAAAUUCUACUUUUAGUUGAGUAUUUUUGUGCAUUUACUUGAUUGAGGGGGGCAGUUCCCCCUGGUUAUGCUCACGGGGAAUGCAUGUUGACCUCUUAACUCACUGAAUCCAGUGAUUUUGGGUGUGCCGUUUGUAUUAGUGCUGGCUCACGAAACGUCUAGUAUUUAGAGCAGGGCUGGGGAAUGUGUUGCCUAACUAUGACUCUUGUCAUCUCAGACUAUUAAGUUUAUACCUUCCUUAUACAUUAAGCCAGGCAUCCCCAACCUUCGGCCCUCCAGAUGUUUUGGACUCCAAUCCCCUUCAUCCCUGACCACUGGUCCUGUUAGCUAGGGAUCUCCCCCUUUUAUUUUCCUUUCUACACAGGUUCUGUUUCUAUUUUUCUUUCUUCUUCUCUUUUAUUUAUGUCUCAUCAUGUUUAGUGCACAUAUAAUUACCGUAUUUUUCGCUCUAUAAGACGCACCAGACCACAAGACGCACCUAAUUUUUGGAGGAGGAAAACAAGAAAAAAAAUAUUCUGAAUCUCAGAAGCCAGAACAACAAGAGGGAUCGCUGCACAGCGAAAGCAGAAAUCCCUCUUGCUGUUCUGUCUUCUGGGAUAGCUGCGAGCCUGCAUUCACUCCAUAAGACACACAAACAUUUCCCCUAACUUUUUAGGAGGGAAAAAGUGAGUCUUAUAGAGCAAAAAAUACGGUAUAUACUUUUUAAACUUUCUAUAAAGAUGUUUAUAAAAUAAAUAUCAUCAUCAUCAUCAUCAGGCUAUGAAAUGCAAGGACAACUUGAUUUUAAAAUUUGCUCUCUCCCUCUCUCCCCCCCACCCGCCAUUUUGCAGACUUCCCCCGGAUAACCCUGGACCCUGA